AUGGACCCUUACAAGAAGAAGAAACUGCUCAAGGACAUCAAUAGAUACUAUUGGGAUGAACCUUACUUGUACAAAAAGGGAUCAGAUGGACUGUUUAGGAGGUGUAUAGCAGAGAAUGAAGUUGAAGGAGUGUUGGGACACUGUCAUGGCUCUGCUUAUGGAGGACAUUUUGCAACCUUUAAGACUGCCUCGAAGGUCCUACAAGCUGCAGUGGACUAUGUCUCCAAGUGGGUAGAAGCUAUUGCUAGCCCUACUAAUGAUCACAAAGUGGUUCUUAAGCUUUUCAAGACCAUAAUCUUCCCAAGAUAUGGAAUUCCAAGAGUUGUGAUUAGUGAUGGAGGGACACACUUCAUCAACAAGAUCUUUGAAGGAAUGCUAAGGAAAUAUGGAGUUAAACACAAAGUAACAGCUUUCAAAACACAAAUAGGAAGAUUCCCAUUCCAACUUGUCUAUGGAAAGUCUUGCCAUCUCCCAGUUGAGGUAGAGUACAAAGCUUUGUGGGCAAUCAAGCUUUUGAACUUGGAUUUAGAGACAGCUCAAGCUAAAAGAAGCCUUGACCUGCAUGAACUUGAAGAGAUCAGAUUAGAAGCUUAUGAGAGCUCCAAAAUCUACAAGGAAAUAACAAAAGCCUUCCAUGAUAAUAAAAUCCUCAUUAAGGACCUAAAGGCCGGAGACCAAGCCUUGCUGUUCAACUCAAAGCUCAAGCUAUUUCCUGGGAAGUUGAAAAGUAGGUGGGGAGGCCCUUUUGAAAUAAAAGAGGUUCUACCAUUUGGAGCUAUCACACUUCUCAACAAGGAUGGUAGUGAGUUCACAGUCAAUGGUCAAAGAGUUAAGAAGUACUGGGGAGAAAAGGAGAAACAUGAAAAGAUCACAAUGUUUCUCAAGAAUGCUCCUCAAGCCUGA